CGGCUACACGGGACCGGAGUUUAGCAUGGCCUCGCCGAGGCCCAGAUGGACAUAGAGUUUUUUUGUUCGCGAGUGGCGUUUUGAUUAGAUAUUGGUGGCUUUUUUUUAAGACCGUUCGGUGUAAUGAGUGCGGCGUUCCGUAACUGCAAACGGUGGUAUGUCUCAUGACGAUGCAUUUCGGUGCUGGAUAGCCGGGAGUCUAGGGUAGCUUUUUGACGACUACAAGGGAAUUUGUACAAUGACCAUGCUGUCUCAUAAAGAGCCACGAGAACUUAACUGUGCUGUAAGACUGCUAUGCGAAAAAUUUCAGAUGAUUUCGAAUUUUCAGUGCCAGCGUCUGAUGCGGCUUAGAGGCAGUCCGCGUGUUAAUCGAAGCAAACCGAAGUGCCACCAGAUCCAUGCCCCCCGCAAUAUCUCACCCGUCCUCCAAAUCAACUCUCAUGCAAGCAAGUCCACCCCGCGCCAACCAAAAGCUUCAUUCCAAGCCCAUCAUGAAACCGGCCCGCCUCGACCAGCACGCCAUUGUCGCCGCCCUCAAGGGCCAGACACUCCGGGUACCGGAUCUCACGGCCUUUCUCCGCGCCUGGCCGCCGGCCGUGCUCCACCCGCGGCAUGCGGAGGUGGCGCCCGUGGUGAUCGCCCUCAUCGAGCGCAUUGCCGUCUCACACCCGCCGCUUGCACGACGCAAGGGUGAUGAUAUUGCAGGUCUAAUUUCGCUAUGUUAUCCACAAGCCGCUGAAGGGGGCCUUGAAACCCUUGUGAUGUUUGGGGUGUGGUUGGUUUGUUGGGACGACACCGUGGAUGCGGGCGAGGGCGACUUGGCUGGGGAUUUCGACGGCGCGGAUCGGUGGAGGAGCCAGACGUUGGAGAUGAUCCGCGGGGCCCUGGGGAUCGACGGGACGGAUGCGGAGAAGCAUCCUGAUACCAUCAAUGCCGCGUUCCAGACUGUUGGAGAAUGUCUCAGCGGGACCACUCCGAUAGACCAGCGCCGUCGUCUCUACGAGGAACUCUGGUACUUCAUCACCAGCUGUGCCGUGGAGCAACAGCUCCGGCUGGAGCAGCGCAUCCCAGACUACGACUCCUACAUGGGCUUCCGGCUCGGCACCAUCGGCGGCUCGACGCUUUGCGCCCUCGUCGAGUUCGCUAACCGGGAGCCGCUACCGAGCGCAGUUGUGGCGGCGCCACAGGUCCGCGAGCUGUGGACGCAGGUCAGCACCAUGCUCACCUUUAUCAACGACCUGCUGUCGCUGAAGAAGGAGCUGGGAACGGACUGCGUUAUAAAUGCCGUGACCUCGUUGUUGUCGCCGGAGAAGGGCCUCGAUGAAGUGGUUGGCGAGCUGGAGCACAAGCUUCGGCAGGCCGUUGACGACUUCGACAGGGUGGCGGGAGAGUUGUUUGUGCUGGUGGAUGGGGACGAGGAGCAGAGCGGCGUGGUGACUAGGUAUAUCAACGGGUGCCGCUCCAUUGUUACCGGGACGCUCGAGUUCACGUAGGUCAAGUAGAUUGACCGGACAAGGUGUUGCGGUGUGCUGACCGCGAGCAGGCUGCGAUCUCCCAGAUAUAACAUCACGAAGCUCCUCAGAGAUGACGGGUC